AUGAAUAAUAAAAAGCACUCUAGUGCUCGAAGGUCUUCGGUCAGUCAAAAACAAAUAUUGUCCACUGCCUAUUUCGAAGAUGGGAUCCGAAAAGUGGAUCAUGUGCUGGCGGUUUCUCGAAUAAGUGCUAAGAGGAACAAAAAAACUAUAGAAACUUUUGUGACGAACCUGGAGGCUGCCGGUUUGGAAAUUGAGCAAAGUAAUGGUAUCACUGAACCUGUUAUAUUUAUUAAACUGCAUAUUCCGGAGCGUACUUUUCGCAAUAUGUCCAGAGAAACUCCAAUUUGGACAUAUACGAGGAAUUCGAGACGAAAGUACGUGAGAAAAAAAACAUUUUGCACUCCUCUGGACGACAUGGACCCUACAGCCGGGGAAGAUUAUUGCGGAAGAAUAUACUUUAUUUCCCAUAUACUUUCAUCUGCUAAAUACGGCAAAGACGAUUUUCAUAAGGGGAUUAAAAGUUUGCUGGGCAAAAGAAUUAUAUUAAAAUCAUAUGCUUUGCACGAUGGUCCCGUAGAAACAAACAGAUUAGGCAAAGUUAAUGAAGACUUUAAUCAAAGAACCUUGCUGGCCAAAUAUUGGGCCAACCCGUCGAUGAUAUUUAAAAGGGCUCCUUUGGAUGUGAUCAAGAAUUACUAUGGAAUAGAGGUGGCUUUCUACUUUGCAUUUAUAGAUUUUUAUUCGCAAAUGUUGGUGCCUGCUUGCUUAAAUUCCUUUUUUUUCAUUAUCGUAAUUUUUGGCAAAAGAAUGAAAUAUUUGCAGUAUGCAGACGAAUCGUGCGAUUCACAAAUAAAGGUGUGUGGAAUAUGCGAUGAUAAAGCCACCGAAUGCUACACCCGUUCCAUGUUGGAGAGUUGCAAAACCAUCAGAAUGAGCGUGCUCUUCGACGACUUUAGCUUGUAUGUUCACUGUAUUUUUACCUGCCUUUGGGCCUGCAUGGCGGAAAACCUGUGGCUCCUGCGAGAACGUGACCUUCGAAAGCGCUGGAACAUAAAGAAUGACGAAUUUCUAUUGGAUAAACGUUUUCAAUUUAAAGAAAACGUUAAAUAUCGAAGGAUAUCGCCAAUCACCGGUCAAAUUGAACCUUACCUGCCACUUGACAUUCAAUUUUACCGAGGCUUCCUCACCCACACGCUUUCAGCAACCGUUUGUCUAAUACUUUGCUUUAUGUCAUGGUGCAAAGUUAAUUUCGUUCUGUACCUGCAAGUGUUAACGGGAAGAUAUAAAUGGUUCUCCCCGUACCAUCACAGAUUUGAAUUCCUGUUAUGGGCAAUACACACUCUCAUAGUUCAGAUUAUCUACAAGGGUCUUAGCUACUUAUCUUGGUACUUAGCUUCAUUAUAUCAGCAUAAAUACGUUGUUUCGCACAGUAACCACUUUAUUACCUUGCGCUUUAUUUUUGCUGUUUUUAACCAAUAUGGUAUUUAUAUUUACAUUACGUUCUUUAAAGGUCUAUUUACCAAUGUACCUAUAAAUAACAAUUACUUCUUUUUAAAGUAUGAUAAAUGCGAGCCAAACACUUGCCUAGUGACAAUGUUCUUUCUGUCGAUGCUAAAAUGCUUCGGUUUUCUUUUUGGAAGGGUUUUCCACUCUACAAAAUACUUUUUAACAAGAUCCAAAAAAGAAGUAAUAAAUAUCCCGCAAUAUGAAAGGGAGUUUAAGUUGGAAAGGUUUCAGGCGACCUGGAUGCCAUUGGAAUUAAUGAAAGUACUGCUGGUGCACACUUUUUUAACCAACUGGAACGCAAUUAACAUUUUCGGGCCCAUCUUGAUUUGGAUGUGCAUACUGGUGAGAUUGCGCGGGGAUGCCUACUAUUUUGUCUACAAGUUGCAGCGACCGAUUCCGAAAAUCAUAUUCAACAUGGAGUCGUGGGAUUUGAUUUUGAAAUAUGUAACACGUUUUAGCGUCAUUGGUAACUGUUUGGCCGUUGCGUAUACAUCGGAAGCCUAUAAAAAAUAUGAAUUCUUAAAACAACAUGAUACUUUGUAUGGGUGGUAUAACGAGACCUUAUCAAUAUUCGAUCAAAGAGACAAAUAUGGUAUACAUUUCACCGGAAACAAUCCCUUCUGCUAUUAUAAGGACUUGAGAUAUCCUUCUGACCAUCCUGAAAAAUACCAACACAAUAUGCUUUACUUUGAAAAAUUGUUCAUGUUUUUUUUAAUUUUUUUUAUUCUUAUAACCAUAGUUUCCAUAGCAGUUAGAACUUUUAAUGCUGUGUUUUUAUUAGUUAUUUAUAGACUCAUAGAUAAAAUUAACAACUAA